AUGAGGAUGAAGCACUUUCUGAAGUUGGAAGACCAUAUGGACAGUGUGGAACAGAAGUCUGUGACUGCUCCGGAGCCACACCUUCUGAGCGCAUGUCCCAACUCUGCAACGUGCCGGCGGUGUGACUCGCGGCAGAUUACUCAACUGUUCUGUUCGAGUGUGUUCAGCUUUGUCACGGGACCGGAAUGGUUCCUACCUCAUAGUGAGGUCCUCAGCAAGGUUCCUGCCGGUGGCGGACCCAACAAUGAGGUUUUGCCAAAGUUCUGCGGUUCUCCACCUCCUAGUAGUGGCUGCAGUCCUGCGCCCAGACCAGUUGCCUGCGCCCCCAGCCCUGUUCUUCACCCAGGACUGGCAGUGAACACCUACCUCUUCAUGAUGCAGGCUCAAGGCAUUCUGAUCCGGGACAACAUGAGAACCAUCGGGGCUCAGGUCUACGAGCAGGUGGUCCGGAGCGCGUAUGCCAAGAGGAACAGCAGCGUGAAUGACUCAGAUUAUCCUCUUGACUUGAACCACAGCGAAACCUUCCUACAGACCACAACGUUUCUUCCUGAAGACUUCACCUACUUUGCAAACCAUACCUGCCCCGAGAGGCUCCCUUCCAUGAAGGGCCCAAUAGACAUAAACAUGAGUGAGAUCGCAAUGGACGACAUCCAUGAAAUCUUCUCCAAAGACCCAGCCAUCAAGCUCGGAGGUCACUGGAAGCCUUCGGAUUGCAUGGCUCGAUGGAAGGUGGCGAUCCUCAUCCCUUUCCGGAACCGCCACGAGCACCUCCCGGUCCUGCUCCGACACCUGAUCCCCAUGCUGCAACGGCAGCGCCUGCGGUUUGCGUUCUAUGUGGUGGAGCAGGUCGGCACCCAGCCUUUUAACCGAGCCAUGCUGUUCAACGUCGGUUUUCAAGAAGCGAUGAAGGACCUGGACUGGGACUGCCUUAUCUUUCACGACGUGGAUCACAUCCCGGAGAGCGACCGGAACUACUACGGGUGCGGGCAGAUGCCAAGGCACUUCGCCACCAAGUUGGACAAGUACAUGUACCUGCUUCCUUACACCGAGUUCUUUGGUGGAGUGAGCGGCUUAACAGUGGAGCAGUUCCGGAAGAUCAAUGGCUUCCCGAACGCUUUCUGGGGCUGGGGCGGCGAAGACGAUGACUUGUGGAACAGAGUCCAGAACGCAGGCUACUCUGUGAGCCGGCCGGAAGGCGACACCGGGAAGUACAAGUCGAUUCCUCAUCACCACCGAGGAGAGGUCCAGUUUCUUGGCAGGUACGCUCUGCUGAGGAAGUCCAAAGAACGGCAAGGGCUGGACGGCCUCAACAACUUGAACUACUUUGCAAACAUCACAUACGACGCCUUGUAUAAAAACAUUACCGUCAACCUAACGCCAGAGCUGGCCCAGGUGAGCGAGUACUGAGGGGGUGGCCGUGGCCGUGCCUCGCCCGCCGCCCGGAGAGCAGCCUGCCGUGACGUCGCGGGGCUCCGCGCGGGAGGAACAAAUACGGUGUCUGAUGAAGGCUCACAGGGUCCGAGGGGAAAACAAAAAAUGUGAACAGUGUCCACGCACAAAACGCCUUCACUGUGGCUUGGGAACUGCCUUCGUGAGGACUGGCUUUCUGUUUUCACAAGACGGACGUCCGUCCUGCUGCUCUGCUCCCCCCAGCCUCCUGCCCCGGCGUCCCGCCCCAGCCAGGAUCUCCGCGCCCGGACCUGCGGGCCGCCGGGGUCCCCGGCCUCCGGAGCUCGCCCCGCCGCG